GAGGCGCUCACACGCAAAAACCCUAAAACCCCAGUCUACCCUUCCUUCCCCGCCGCCGGCAGCCGGGACAUCACCAUGGCGGACGCCGUGCAGUACCGCCUCGAGCGGAUGUCCGACGAGCUCGACGACCUCGAGCGCCGGGGCCUCUUCACCCGCGCCGAGCUCGCCGAGGUCGUCCGCCGCCGCCGCGACUUCGAGUUCCGCCUCCGACGCCGCUCCCCGCUCCGCUCCGACUUCCUCGACUACAUCGCCUACGAGCUCCGCCUCGACGCCCUCCGCGACCUCCGCAAGCGCGCCAUCAUACGCGCCACCCCCGACACCACCGACCACGAUGCUGACGCCACCGACAACGACAGCAGCAAGAAGAAGAAGAAGAAGAGGAACAAGGGCAAGGCCAAGAAGUGGAAGAAGUCCGUCUCCGACAUCGCCGGAGUCCUCCGCGUCCUCGACAUCUACAGGAUGGCCACCGUCAGGUACAAGGGGGACCUCGACCUCUGGUUCCGUUACCUCGAGUUCUGUCGCGACAAGCGCCAUGGUCGGAUGAAGCAGGCUCUGGCACAAGCUAUUCGUUACCACCCCAAGGUUCCUGGGCUCUGGAUCUAUGCAGCAGCAUGGGAAUUUGAUCAGAACUUAAAUGUUGCUGCAGCACGUGCUCUUAUGCAGACUGGUCUUAGAUCUUGUCCAGAAUCAGAGGAUAUGUGGAUUGAGUAUCUUCGCAUGGAGCUUACCUAUCUUAACAAGCUUAAGGCUCGAAAGGUUGCUCUUGGAGAGGAUGUGAAGACACUGCAAAAGAAGAAUAAUGAUGCAAGCACUUGGAAAGAGGAAAAUAAAGAACUGUUCAUGUCACUGAAUGAACAAGAUGAAGGUCCCAAGGAGUCUGGCUCACAGGGAGUUGCUUUGGAGGGGAAGGAAGACCUAUUCUGGCAGCAAGGGCUGCUAAUCAUUCAAACCAUAUACCAUGGUGCUACAAAAGCUCUUCCUUCAAGCUUAACCUUGCGGAAGAAAUUCUUAGAGAUAUUGAGUAGUGUUGACCUAGCACAUUCUGACGAACUGAAGGUAGAGGUCAUGGAUGACCUGAAGAAAGAGUUCUCUGACAGUGAGGACUACUGGGAUUGGCUUGCUAGGCUUCAGCUUAGUGACUCAACUAGUUCCAGUAAUUUGAAUAGAAUGGAAGCUUUAUCAAAUAAACUGAAUAAAUCAAUACAGGUGUAUGAUGAAGCUGUCAGGAGGUUGCCAACUUCCAGAAUGUAUUCCCUGUAUGCAAAAUUUUGGAUGGGUGUUCUGUUUGCUGAUACAGAAGAUUCCAUCUCAUUGUUUCAUGGCGGUGAAUUUGAUGCUUCAGGGUUCACUUCAUGUAUACUGAAAGUCUAUCAAAAUGCCGAAUCAAGCGGUUGUCUUACUGAAGAUCUUGCUUGCCAAUAUGUGUCUCUUUAUUUGAGACUUGGAGGUUUGGAGGAGGCACCUGGAAGAUUAGAGGAAGCUAGGAAUCUUGCCAAAAAGCUCUGCAAUGGUCCUCUUUCACAUGCUGCGGAUUUGUGGAACCUGAGAGCAUCUAUUGAGAUGAAGUCACUUGCUACUUCUACUGGCAUUUCUUCGUUCAGCAAGGAGAACUUGAGUUCUCUAUUUGAUCUAUUUAAUGUUGCACUUCCAAAGUUACCCAUACCUGAGGCUGAGGAAUUGUGGCACACGGCCAUGAAAUUGUUUUCUCAUGAGAAGGUUUAUUUCGAAAAGCUGGUGAAAUGUGCAAUGUUAUCAUUAAGUUCUGCUGGUGGAAAUGAUUGUGGAGCUUCGGUUUCUUCUGCUAUUGUUGGAUGGAUUUUACAAAGAGAUGGUAUCAAGCAAGCUAGAAAGAUGUAUAAGAGAUUUCUGGCUUUACCACGUCCAAGCUUCAAGUUCUUCCAGUACUGCAUAGAGUUGGAAACAAACCUUGCAUCAAUCGGAAACCAAGACAGCCUUGUGAAUGCUCGUAAGCUGUAUGAUGCAGCGCUCGAUCUCUAUCCCCAGGAAAGAGAACUUUGGAGGAACUACUACAACAUGGAGCUGAAGUUGGGAACAUCAGAAACAGCAAAUGCUAUAUACUGGCGCGCUCGUAAGGUGCUCGGUGAUUCCAGUGCCCUGGACAUUCCCCACAGCUAGCAAUGUGUGACUUGUGUAUCAUGCAAUAUCAUUUUUGAUCUGAUUUGAUUACUUUGUUGUUUAAGCGUAUCAAGUCAAGUAGCGCGGUGGAAGAAAAUUUUGGCUAGUCUAUCUGUUGGAUUUGUGUUAUGAGCCCCUAACUAGGGUUAAAAUUUGCAUGCUCUGUAUGAUUGCCGAUUAAAAGCUUGUACAGAUACGGCGAUAGUGGCCGAUCCCCGAAACAUACUACUAGCUAUUGGUGUUUGUGUCAAUUUAGUUUGUGCCAAGCUUGCCUUGACAAAGAAUUUAUCAUCUACUAGUCCA